CGGACCUCAGCAGAGGCAGCGGGCGGGAGGGGGCGGGGCCGGAGAAGAGAGGCGCGAGGUGGGGCUGCUCGCAGACCGGCUUUACACGCGUCAGUUGACGAUGGCUGGGGAGGACCAGCGGGUUACAGACGGGCCUGCAAUAGCAGCCGAUCUCUUGCUUGCCUACAGUGAGUUUUACACAAAUUUGCCCCGGGAAGGCCAGAGGUAGUCGAGUUCUGAACUGCUGUUGCUGAACUCUGGGGGUUCGUUUUGCCUGCGCGCAUCAAAGCCAAAGGAGACGCCAACAAGAGUUUGCAGCAAAGAAAUGAGACGUUUAUUUAAGGAAAUGGCACCAAACCCGGAGACACAGAGAAAACCUACUCAUCUUUCAGGGCCCUGUUAUGAAUCUCCUCUGAGGAUCUUCCAGAGGGCAUCUUCUCACCUACCCUCCCCGCUUUGGUCUGGAUAUUCUCCUGAAAGAAACAGAACCUGGUUAUUAUUUAUGAGCUGCAAAUUAUCACCACAGUAUGACUCAUUCAGUUACCUAUUUAUUCCAUAAACAAUGUUCUUCUAGGGGCUCUGUUAUUUGUGACCACAAUGAAAAAUUUAGACAACGAUGAUCGGAUAACCGACAGACUUUCCACGCUCAGGAGCUCAAAAGAAUGGUUGGCACCACAGCCACUUCCUUUUAUAGAGGAAUUAGCUAGUGAAGAUAUUGAUGUAGCUACGACAUCAAUAUUAUAUAGAGAACAUUAUGUAAUUAAGGAACUAGAUAAGUGUUUACAACAUCAUGACUUCUUAAAUGCAAGAAGAAAAGAGAUGUUAUAUAAAAGAUGGGUUGCCCGUGUGGCAGAUCCUCUCCAGAAGAAAAUUUUAGAAAAAGUUUGUUCACAUAAGAAGAUUAAACAAAGGAGACAAGAGGAAUCAGAUAGUUUUUUAAAAUAUGUAAAUAAAAAGGGAAAUGCAUUUAUAGAGCAUUAUGAUCCAAAAGAGUAUGAUCCUUUUUAUGUGAGGAAAGAAGACGUGAAUUUUCUGAAGGUUACCAUCCCACCACUUCGUGAUCCUUUGAAAAAGGCACAAUAUAACAAAGAUGAUGAAAAAAGAACUCUCCUUCAGUGUGAGACUGGCAAAAUAUAUACGAUGAAAGAAUUUAAAGAGGUUGAGAAGGCCAAAAUGUACUCCAGAUUCCCAAGAAUUUCUAAUACAAGGCACUUUAUGACUCCAAAUGAGUGGCUUAAACUGCCUACAAGCUACAUAGAAAGUGAAUUUUGUAAAAGGAGCAGGUUAAAAGUGAAAGUGAAUUUUAACGUUACUAGUUUUGAUUUGAAACCCUCGGCAAGACCUCCUCAUCUUCUGGAAUCCCAGGAAGAAGAAAAAGCAGUUAGUUACAAAAACAAGGAGUCAUGCUGUCUGGAAAAAGAGCCUCUGUGUUGUCAGGAGGGAAAGAAUCCAAGUCCUAAGGAGGACAGCUCUGAGGGGCACUUUCCUUCCUUGACCCCUGGCCAGGAGGAAGAGUGGGAUGAUGACCAGGACGCGGUGAGCGCUGCGGGAGUCCCGUUUUGCAAUACACAAGGCAGCAACUGCUGAUACCAAAAUCUGAGCAGCUGGGAGCAUCUCCGUGUGGCGGGCUUCUAGGAAGAGAGGAGGCAGUGCACCUGCCCUUCCCA